CAAACACGGUUUCACUCAGACGCCCAUUCAUCAUCUCUUGUUUUCCUGGCACCGGGCGGCUGACACAGGACCGAGCGGGGACAACAGGCAGCGGCGCGGCUCUGUUGUCAUUUAUGGCAGGAAGACUGCUUCCUGGGAGGAGGAGGACACAUGAUGGGACACACCGUGGAACACAUGACCGUGUUUACGACGCGCGGAUCCCUGAAACCCGAGGCUCCUAUGAGGAAAAGGGUGUCAACAAAUCUGGUAGUGCCGCGUAAAGGCUCCUGACGUGGGCGAGAUUUUCCGACAACGCGCCAUGGAUUUACCCAUAAUACCAGCGAUAUCGAUGAAACAGUAGCGCACAAGACUACAGGGACGUCUCCUCAUCGUUGACGCGAAUAGAAACUGAAAGAAACUUGCAUCAAAGCAGCUGUUUCCUUCCCCAAGCUUUGACUUGGGAUACUGUUUCCACCCAGCUGGUGUUAAUAUCAGAGCCUCUGCAGGACAACACCAAUGGCUGCCUCCUUUGUCCCAGUCCCCAUCCCAGUGGAGGGGUGCAGGUCGUGGCACAAGAGGACCCCUCCCAAAAGCUGUGGGCCCCCCUCUCCUCGGGGUGUUGCAUGGAUGAGGGGCGUAGGGUCCCGGGGAGUCCCAGAGGGGUGCCCGAGUGGACAUGGAGGAGCAGCAGUGGAGGCUUUGUCAUCAUCAUCAUCAUCAGUCCUGGAGGAAGGGAGUGUGUCGGACAGCUGGAUGGAGAGACCGAACACCCCUACGCUGCUGGGCCAUGAGAUCAUGGAGGAGAGAUCAAAGUUCACGGUUUAUAAGAUCCUGGUGACAGGAAGUCAAGGAAACAGCUGGGUGAUCUUCAGAAGGUACGCUGACUUCUGCAGGCUCAACGACAAGCUGAAAGAGCUGUUUCCCAGGUUUCGUCUCGCCCUGCCUCCUAAGCGCUGGUUCAAAGACAACUACGACAUGGAGUUUCUAGAGGAGCGGCAGAUUGGACUGCAGACCUUUCUGCAGAACCUGAUAGCGCACAAAGACAUCAUCAACAGUGAAGUGGUCAGACAGUUCCUGUGUCUGGACAACCCACCAAGUCCUUUUGACAGUCUCGUGGAGAGCAGGGCUUUCUGUGAGACUCUGGAGGAGACGAACCACCGCCUGCAGAAGGAGCUGCUGGACAAGCAGAGAGAGAUCGACAGGUUGACCAAGACGCUGGAGGAGAGGGAGGACCACAUCGCACUCCUGGUGAAACAAGCCAAAGACAUGUCACAUUGUCCUCAGCUGCCUGAGAGUCCUUCGGCUUUGGAGGAUGGACACAGAGUCACAGACACCAGCACUCACACAGAGGGAGACACAGAUGUGACCGGACAUGGACAGAUACCUACAGAUGAAAAUGAAGAGGAUGCAGGCAGGCAAUACUCCAUUAGUGUGACUGAACAAGAAUUAAACCCUGCAACAAGUUCCAGUUGUGAGGCUGCUGCACCAGUAAAAAGUCACGGAGCUUACUGGACCACCCUGGUUAUCAGUGAUUCACCAGCCCCAUCUUAAAAAAAAAAAAAAGUAGAGGAAGAAAGCAACAGAAAAUCCAGGACCUCAGAACUGCAGAAUUACCAAGAA